AUGGCGUUACUGGGAGUGACUCUGAUAAUUGCCUCUCUCAUUCUACUCUGUAUGCGGAGACCACAGUGGUUUCCCUCCCUGUUUGGAGGCGCUCUUCAGCCGGAGACCAAGGAAGAAAAGCACACCGACGACGGCCUGCAAAAUCGACAUGCCCCACCAGCGCUCGUGGUCCAACAACCACACGACGCCAACGACGACAUCGACGACAAUGACGAGCAGUCAACCCCCAAGGCAUCCGCCACAAUAGGGGUUGACAACGCUCCCGUCCCAACUCUAAAUCUCUCCGAGCCAGAGCCAGAACCGGCGCCAAAACCCCAGAUCCGACCACCGGUGCCUCUGUUCUCAGCACCCUCACCAGCACAAUCACCCAACAACCUAAUGAUGCCCCCUCCCUCCCGACCACCAACCCUCCGCCCCACCCCAUCUUCCUCCCUCUCACCAGCGCCCUCCCGUCUCUCCCCCGCCCCAGCGCGAGGACCAGGCUGCUCAACCCUCGCCCCUCCCCCAACCCACUCCACCAAACCCUCCAAGCCCUCCAAAGCCGUCGUCCUCACCCCGGGGCACUCCCCUCUCGACUGGGCCCGCCUCUCCGGAAACCCCUCCGCCGACCUCCGCGGCCUCCCCCCCGGAACCCCCUACCUGCGUGUGACACCAUCCAUGCUGAAGAGACAAACCGGCAGAAAGGGGAAGGAUGUCUGGACGGUGCUGAGCGGGAAGGUGUACAAUCUCACCCCUUACCUACCAUUCCACCCCGGAGGAGAGCCAGAGUUGCUCAGGUGCGCGGGAAGAGACGGAACGAGGUUGUUUGGGGAGAUUCACCCGUGGGUGAACUACGAAGGCAUGCUGAGUGCUUGUCUGGUGGGAAUCUUUGUCACAGAGGAGGAGGCUGCUGCUGCCGCGGCGGGGGGUGGCGGGAUGGAAGAUAUGGACUGA